UCAUAAUUAAUUUCCCUUCUCGAAUUGAUACACACUACACUACACAGGCGACAGGCAUACAAGUGAAAAUUUUGUGUUCCCUGCAAAGUUUCAGUAUUUAUAUAAAUUUUAUAUUAAAUUUAAAAUAAUUAAACCCUAAAAAAGGCUGCAAGUCACAAGGAUUAUGAUAUUUUCAAUUGAAAAAAGAAUAUCCUAGAAAAUGAAUUCUUCAACAACCACAACUUCGAAGCAACAACUCACUCCACUUGUCUAUUGGGCCCAAACCGAAGACCAAAUUACAUUAAAAGUUGAAUUAAAAGAUUCAAAGCAACCUAAUGUACGGUUCGAUGAGAAAUCCCUAAAAUUCAGUACAUACGGACUUGGUGCUCGGGGAUUGAAUGACUAUCAAUUUGCACUUAAUUUAUUUUCAAAAAUCGACGACGAUGACUCACAUUUCAAAGUCUAUGAUUCAAAAAUCGAAUUUACCAUUAGAAAAGAACAACCUGCUUGGUGGCCAAGGCUUACUGCCACCCCACAGAAGCCACACUGGUUAAAAAUCGAUUUCGACCGAUGGCGUACCGAAGAUGAUGUCGUCGAUGAGGACGAACCUAGAGACGUCAUGGAAGACUAUUCGUCGGCAAGUCGGAAAUUGCACUUGGAAGAGCUUGGCUACAUCAAGGAGAGUGGCAAAAAGGUUUACAUGGUCUUUUACAAUCUUUGCCAAUUCGUUGGCUUUACUUAUGUGUUGCUGGUGAUGUCGGUGCUUUAUUAUCGAGAUGGACCGGAUUCCAUGUCGAAGAUUUAUGAAACUGUUGGCAAUCCGUUGAAAUUCUGCCAGCUAUUACAGUAUCUCGAAGUUUUGCAUCCAAUCUUUGGCUAUACGAAAGGAGGACCAUUGAUUCCGUUCUGCCAAGUAACUGGAAGGAAUUUUGUUCUAUUUGUGAUGUUAACUCUGGAGCCACGCAUGCAAACGAAGCCAGUUGUCUUUUAUGUGUUUUGUAUAUGGGCAUUGGUCGAAGUUGUAAGAUAUCCCUACUACAUCACUCAAAUGUUUGAGUCUGACAUUGGGUUGUUGACUUGGUUGCGUUACACAAUCUGGAUUCCCCUUUACCCCAUGGGCAUUCUAUGCGAAGGAAUUAUUAUCUUACGGAAUAUUCCCUAUUUCGAAGAGACAAAAAGAUUGUCAGUGGAAUUACCAAAUAAAUGGAACUUUGCAUUCGAUAUGCCAUCGUUCCUGAAAGUAUAUCUAAUCGUGUUGGUUCUGCCAGGGACUUACUUACUAAUGACUUAUAUGGCCAAAGCAAGAGCUAAAAAACUAUGUGGCAUCAGUGGUGGAAGUAAGAAGACUCAUUCCAACUGAAGCGAAGCAGUUAUUUUUACUAAAGUAUAGUAAUUCAUACAUAUUUUUGAAUGUAUUUUUUUGUGAUUUAUAUUGUUUUUAUAAUAAAUAGAAUAAUUCAAGUUUUUAGUAGUCAAACAAAAAAUAAGCUAGCUAUACAAAUUGUGUAAAAAGUUUAAUACAAUUAAAAGUCAAAGCGAUUUGAGGCGUAAUUAAUAAAAUAAAAAUAUCUUUAAAGAAAAA